AUGCCCGCAGACGAGGUGCAACUCUUGGCUUCGGCUGUGGAAGGGAGAGGAUGGCGCGUCGCCCUUGUCAGCAUCUUCCAUUGCCGGGUGCGAGUCGACGCCACGCUGCGGGGCAAUCUCGCCCUUGCCAGCUGCUCUCGUGGCCGCUUCUGGCGUGGCUCCCUGCAAUUGUUGGAGGAGAUGGCCAGCAAGAUGUGCUGGGACCUGGUGACUGCAAACUCUGCUGCCGGCGCCCUCGCUUCCAAGAAGCUCUGGCUGGCGGCUCUGGAACUUCUCCUCCGCGUACAGCGCUCCAACCUUGUCGCCGACACCAUCAGCUUCAACACCUGCAUUGCCAGCUUCGGGGCACAUUGGCCGGGUGCACUGGGGCUGCUCGAGGCCAUGACGAGAGCUGCUGUGGCUCUGGACACGAUCAGCGUGAACUCCUCCAUGAGCGCGUGCGCUUCAGCCGGAGCAUGGCUCACUACACUCGGCCUUCUGGCCAGGGCCUCUGUCGCAAGAUUGACCGCCGACCGCGUCAGUCAGAACGUUGCCGUCGCAAGCUGCACGCCGCAGGGGAAGUGGCGCGUGGCGUUGUGCCUGCCGCGGCCAAGCCACGUAGCCGACAAUGCCGCGAUUGCCACGUGUGCAGAGGGUGGCCGCUGGCAGGAAGCCUUGCAGUUGCUCGGCGCCCAUGCAGACGUGGUUGCUUGCGCCGCUGCCGUGAAUGCCUGCGGCCGAGGCGGGUGCUGGCGCGCCGCCCUAAGUUUGCUGGCCAGGAGUCCGCGCAGCGUUGUGGCCCUGAAUGCUGCCAUCAGUGCGUGUGAGCAGUGGGGGCUUUGGCAGCAAGCCCUCCACCUCCUUGCGACCGCAGAGGAGACCUCCGUCGAGCUGACCGUGGUGACUUUGAGCAGUCUUCUCAGCGUCCUGCAGAGAGGCCGACAGUGGCGCUUGUCUCUCCGUUUCAUGCAGGAGAUGUGCAGCAGGGCACUCACUCCCAGCGUGAUCACGUACAACACGCUCCUGGGGGCAUUCGAGGGACUGUCUUCGUGGCAGCGUGCCUUGGACCUCUUGCAGCUCAUGUCAACAUCGACGACCAGCCCUUCCGAGAUCACCUACAGUGCAGUGGUGUCCGCCUGCGCCAAGGGGCUACAGUGGCAGCUUGCGCUGUCACAGUUGCAGCACAUGGACAAGGCAGGCAUCGCCACCAGCCUCAUUGCUUAUACAAGCGCCAUUGUGAGCUUCGAUGAUCCGGAGCUUUGGACAGUGACCCUGGGGCUACUGCAGCUGCUACGGAGGCGCAGCCUGGAGCAAACGGCGCUGUGCUCAGGCGCAGCGCUGUCGCUUUGCGAGAAAGGAGGAGUCGGAAGCCUUCACGCCCCACGGCUUCUGCACGCCUUGCACGGCGAAGUAAGGGGCCUCCGAAGUCUCACCAACAUGAAUUGA